AUGGGAAAGGUCCAGUCUUUCAAGCACGAAUUCACAUUUGACGAGAGACUUGGAGAAUCAAAGAAUAUCAUUGUCAAAUAUCCAGAUCGAGUUCCUGUGAUUAUUGAUAGGUAUUCAAGGACGGACCUGCCAGAAAUGGAAAAGAGAAAAUUCUUGGUUCCCCGAGACAUGACUAUCGGCCAAUUCAUCCACAUUUUAAGUAGUAGGCUAGAGUUGACACCUGGAAAGGCUCUGUUCGUGUUUGUGAAGAACACAUUGCCUCAAACAGCAAGUCAGAUGGAUUCAAUUUAUGAAUCUUAUAAGGAUGAUGAUGGAUUUCUGUAUAUGUGCUACAGCAGCGAGAAAACCUUUGGCUAA